CGCUGUGAAAAUGGGAAGCAUUUAGGUUUUUUGGACAAUGUAAAGGAGAUAAGAGUGAAUUAAAACCGUUUCCCAACUCCCACCAUCGUUUCCUGUUGGAAAGAAGUGGGCCAGAAUCAACUGCAAAGAGCAUAGAAAUCUGCGGCCGUGAUCAAAGAAACGAUCGGAAACUGCACCGCCAUCAUCGUUGUUGUGCGUUCGUAAAAUCGGGAGAGCACGAUGGCAGAAGAGGAAGAUCCAAAGGAGUAUCGCUGGGAGACGGGAUACGAGAAAACAUGGGAGGCAAUCAAAGAGGACGACGAUGGAUUGAUCGAAGGAUCCGUAACCGAUAUCAUACAGAAAGCGAAGCGAAAGCGGCAGGCGAUGAAGCGCGGUUUCAGCAAGCUCGGUAUGAUGCGCCACCUGUACGUCCUGCUCGAUUGCUCCGAAGCGAUGAGUGUGCCGGAUCUGAAACCCACGCGCUUCAUCUGUUCACUCAAACUCCUGGAGCUGUUUAUCGAAGAGUUUUUCGAUCAAAAUCCCAUCUCGCAGCUCGGUGUCAUUGCGAUGAAGGCAAAGCGAGCGGAAAAGAUCACCGAGCUAAGCGGUACGGCCCGGAAGCACGUGAAGGCGGUGCACGCACUCAACACGCCGCUAACCGGUGAACCAUCGCUGCAGAAUGGCCUGGAGCUGGCCCUUAAAACGUUAAAGCUUGUUCCCUCGCAUGCGAGCCGUGAGGUGCUGGUGAUCAUGGGAAGUCUUACGACCUGCGAUCCGACCGAUAUUCACGUGACGAUUGAGACGCUCAAGGCGGAAGGCAUUCGUUGCUCGGUCGUUUCGCUGUCGGCCGAGAUCCGUAUCUGCAAGUAUCUCUGCACCGAGACGGGCGGUACGUAUGGUGCCGUCUUGGACGAUGCACACUACAAGGACCAGUUGCUGCAGCACAUCGAUCCACCGCAGGCAGGCAAUCAACAGGAGUUUUCCCUUAUCAAAAUGGGCUUUCCGCACGGCAAGACGGAGACGGGUAAGGAGCCACCGUUGACGAUGUGCAUGUGCCACAUCGAUAGUGCUGACGAACCGGCCAAGCUGACCUCGGGCGGGUACCACUGUCCACAGUGCUACAGCAAGUACUGUGAGCUGCCGGUUGAGUGUUCUGCGUGCGGUUUGACGCUCGCUUCGGCACCACAUCUGGCCCGUAGCUUUCAUCAUCUGUUUCCGGUGCCACACUUCAAGGAGCUUACGCUCGAGCAAGUACAACAAGAAGCACGAGAAGUGCCGGUUAAUAACUGUUACGCCUGCCAGAAACCGCUCACCAUCGCCACGGACAAGAUGGUGUACGAGUGUGAUGCCUGCCGUAUGGUGUUCUGCAUCGAUUGUGACAUUUUCAUUCACGAAACGCUACACUCGUGCGUUGGCUGCACCACCAUUCCGGCAUCGGCACAAACCUUGCAGGCACGAAAGCCGGUAGCUCCACCUCACAGUUUGUCCAUAAUUUAAGUUCCCUUCUAUCAACUAAACGCUAGGCGUAUAAAAGAAAAAGAGAUAAAUGGCUGCUUCCUGUCGAUUGCUUCGAUUAGUGAAGCAGUAGUCCA